AUGAUUUGUGAAAGUUGGAAGAGCUCAAAUUCGAGCUCCGAAUUCCAUAGGGCUGAAGCUCGAAGCUUUCUCCGCAUUGAUUUGGGGCAAAGGCCCGAAAGCCUCCUCCUUCAACAGCUUCCCCGCCAUUUGUCUCCACAAACCGGCGCAUUGGCGUUCCUCCGCUCCCACAUCCCCCCCAUCUUCGAGACCUCUUCCUCUGUGCCCGUCUUCUACCCAUCCGCCGACUACAAGCAAGCCUUAAAGCUGUCCCGCAGAUCCACUUGUACUACCGCCCAGCUUCUCUCCUUUGCGGUCCUGCUCGUGCUUGUCGCUCUUCAACUCUUCGCACCAACACCAUUACUACCACGGCAAUCUUCCGAAAACGACUUACCUCAUCGAGACGUAUCACAGCGGUGCCCGCCGCCAGUGUGUGAGAAUCUCAGCAUCAUCUCGGAGCCGUUACCUGUCUCUCGAGCGUACAAAAUGUCUGUCCUCGAGGAAGCAAAGCGGGUGGCGGCGGAGUUCGAGUACUCAUCGGAGGAUCUGAAUAGAGGAGUGAAGGCAUUCAUAAGCCAGAUGGACGAAGGACUACAAAAGAAAGGGACGUCUAUGAGCCAAAUACCGACAUACGUCACAGCUGUUCCCAAUGGUACGGAAAAGGGUCUCUACUUAGCGGUCGACCUUGGCGGCACAAACUUCCGAGUCUGCUCCAUACAGCUCCAUGGCAACACUACAUUCUCCCUCACGCAAUCGAAAGUCGCGAUCCCCCGAGAGCUGAUGGUCGCCAAAACAUCUCAUGAGUUAUUCUCCUUCCUGGCAAAGCAGAUCGAGAACUUCCUCCGAACGCAUCAUAACGAUCACUUCGAGGCACAUGUCAAGCGAAGGAAAACCAUGAGCUCAGGGGAAGGAUUUAGAAAUGAAGAGAUAUUCCAAUUAGGGUUUACCUUCAGCUUUCCAGUCAACCAGAUUGGCAUCAAUCGAGGGACACUGGCAAGGUGGACCAAGGGCUUUGACAUUGACGAUGCCAUUGGGCAAGAUGUCUGUGAGCUGCUUCAAAUAGAGAUUGAUGCGCUUCAUUUGCCGGUCAAAGUCGCAGCUUUAGUCAACGACACCGUAGGAACGCUAAUGGCACGAUCGUACACAUCUCCCGGGAAGACAGGGACCCUCCUCGGUGCCAUCUUCGGAACAGGAACCAACGGCGCCUAUGUGGAAAAGCUCGACAAAGUCACCAAGCUCAAGUCAAUAGUCGAAGGCGCGGACUAUGACAAAUCAACCGGUAAUAUGAUUGUAAAUACCGAAUGGGGCUCGUUCGACAACCAAAUGAGCGUCUUACCCAAUACGCCCUACGAUGAAGCACUCGACAAAGCGACCCCCAACCCCGGUAUUCAAAUGUUCGAAAAGCGUGUCUCGGGCAUGUUCUUGGGCGAGAUCUUGCGCAACACCAUUCUCACACUAGUCAAGGACCCUAAGUGCCAACUUUUCAAAGAUUCCAAUUCAUCCACCAACGACCUCCACUCCACGACUACCAUAGCAGAGAACUCGGCACUCUAUAAGCAAUGGGGGGUUGACACCAGCUUCUUGAGCAUAGUUGCAGCAGAUGUCAGCCCGGGGCUGAAGGUCACGCGGCAGGAACUUAGCAAAGGAUUUGGCGUGGAUGCUGCGAGCACGGAGGACGCUGAGGCCAUCAAGCUACUCGUCAACGCCAUUGGGAAGCGCUCUGCCAGGCUUAGCGCGGUAGCACUCGGUGCUAUUGUGAUUUCGACAGACAAUCAUGUUUCUACAGGUGGUGGGGAUGAUGAUGUGGUGGACAUUGGUGUUGAUGGCAGCUUGGUGGAGUACUAUCCAGGGUUUGAAGAUUAUGUCAGGGAAGCAUUCCGGGAGAUGCCUGAGAUUGGUGCGCAAGGUGAGAGGAGGAUUCGGAUUGGUAUUGCAAAAGAUGGGAGUGGAGUUGGUGCUGCCUUGAUUGCUUUGGUGGCGGCGCACAUGGGUGGUGACUAA